AUGGCGGUUCCGGCAGAGUACGUUAAGCAUAUAGAGUUAUAUGUUGACUCAUCAAGCUCUCCGUCUCAACAGAUUGCUUGUGUGGAUUCACUUGCUAUCCUUUUGAAGACUGGGGUGCUAACUCUGGAAGCAUUAGUUAAAGAGAUGGACUUAUAUCUGACUACCACAGACAGCAUCAUUCGUUCAAGAGGUAUUCUUCUCCUUGGGGAAAUAGUGUCACGAUUGAAGCUGAUCCCUUUAAGAGAUGCUGCAAUUCAUAGUUUGAUAAGGUUUUUCAUAGAAAGGCUGGAAGACUGGAGAGCAUUGCGUGGUGCACUUGUUGGUUGCUUGGCACUGAUGACGAGAAAAAGGGAUGUUGGUGUGGUAAAAGAUGAUGAUGCAAAGGCUUUGGCUAAAUCAUUUACCGAAUUUCUGCAGGUGCCAUCCUUGGCACAGCAUGAUCGCAAGCUCUGCUAUGAACUUCUGGAAUGCCUGUUGGAUCGGUACCCCAAUGUUGUUCGUGUGAUGGGUGAUGAACUUUUAUAUGCAAUCUGUGAAGCUAUUGACGAAGAAAAGGAUCCUCAGUGCUUGAUACUCACUUUUCACAUAGUUGAAGUUGCUGCCCAAUUGUUUCCUGAUUCUUCUGGUCCAUUUGCUAAGUACGCUGCGGAGUUCUUUGAGAUAUUGGGCAGUUAUUUUCCCAUUCAUUUUACACAUCCAAAAGAUGAAGAUGUUGGUGUUGGUAGAGAUGAGUUAUCCAGAGCAUUGAUGCUUGCAUUUGGUUCAACACCACUUUUUGAACCAUACUCUAUUCCAUUGCUAAUCGAUAAACUUUCCUCCACGCUUCCAUCAUCCAAGGUUGAUUCCUUGAAGUUUCUUGUCUACUGCUCUUCAAGAUAUGGAUCAGAUAGGAUGGUUAAACAUGGUGAAGAGCUUUGGUCCUCUCUGAAAGAUGUCCUAUACACCUCACCCCAGUCUGCAUUGUCUGCGGUGUCAAAAUCAUUUGUUGGUAUGGUGUUUGAGGAGAGUGAUGUAAUGAUCCAAGCUCUGGCACUUCUGCAGGAACUUAUGCAGAAUAAUGGCGAUUUGUUCUUAAAUUUGAUCCUUUCUGAUGAAGAUAUUAAUGUCUUCAUGAAGUCGCUAACUCUGCCUUGUGAUGAUAUAACCUUACAAAUAAAACAAAGGCUUCAUUCUGUAGGUCGGGUUCUUUCUAUUUCUGCUGAAUCUUCCAUUGCUUCCUGCAAUAGAGUAUUUGACAAAUUCUUUCCCAGUUUGUUGGAGGCAUUGGGAUUCUCAGUUGGAAGUCACUCUAAAGAGAAUUGUAUUACUGAAACUGGCAAUGUUUCUUUUACUUCGAACUAUCGUGCUCUAUACGUUUGCGUUGAACUGCUUGAUGCAUGCAGACACUUAAUGUUGGACCUAAAAGACUUUACUUCACAUUCUGAUAUUGCACUGGAGACUUGUUGCUGCAUGCUUCAAAACUAUUCCAGUUCGUUGGCAGUAGUCUUCUUCUCCAGUUUGGAAGCAGUGGCUGCUAGAAAUGAUCAGGAUCCUUUUGCUCAUUCUGGAGCCAAGGGUUUGCAGGUUCUAGCCACAUUUCCUGGAAGUAUCUGUCUCAUUUUGUCAUUGCCUUUUGAGAAUAUAUUGUUGAACCUGGUGUCAGCCAUCACUUCUGACUUCAACAAGAUAUUUCUGUGGAAUUUGAAUCUGAAGUCAUUAGUGGUGAUUGGGUUAUUUAUUUAUCAGUAUCAAGAAUCUGAGAAAGCAUUGAGCUUUGAGCGGCUUGUUGUGGAGAAGGUUGUUUAUCUGGUGUUUGCUGAUGAACCUGCCAUGCCACUGCCUCUCAAAUUUGAAGCUAUCCUUGAAAUUGGAAGGACAUCUAAGAGCAAUUUGUUGAGAGUUAUUCAAGGGAUGGACAAGGCUAUAUCUGCCAAUUUCGCUCAGGCUUAUGUGAAGGGGAGCUUGGAGUCAGUUGAAUUGAUGAUCAAGCUUUUGGAAUGUUACAGUACUAAGGUUCUCCCAUGGUUUGAGGACAAUGGGGGUUCCGAAGAAGUCGCCCUUAAUUUUACUGCUAGUUUCUGGGAGCUGAUUGAGAAUUGUAGUUUGUCAGGCCUCACUCUUCAAAAUAAAGAACUUCUUAAGGCAACUGUAAUGAUGUUAAAGGAAGCAGUUCGAUGUUGUUCAUGUCAAGGUCAGGAGAAAGUUGUACGUAGAGCCUUCAAGGUGUUAUCAGGAAGCACUUCUACAUUGAAUGCUUCACCACCUGGAACUUCACUUUCCAAGUCCGAGGGUUUGUGUCUUAGUCAUUAUUCUGAUAGUGAUUUAUUUAAGGACGAUUGGGUCUUGGUGCUGUUUACUUCAGUUGUUAUUGCACUACGUCCUCAAACAUGCAUCCCAAAUGUAAACAUGAUUGUGCAAAUGCUCUUGACGAGCUUCGGUAGAGGUCAUAUUUGUUCAGCUCAGGCGCUGGGUUCUUUGGUUAAUAAAUCACCUUCAAAGAGCAAUGCAAGUAAUGUUCCAAAAGGAUGUGGCACGGAAGAAAUAAUUGAUACUAUAUUCAGUAGCAGUAUAUGGACCACCUGUAAAAGUGAUCGUGGGAGCAAAUGCUUAGAACCUGCUAAUGGCAGUGAGACAUAUUUUAGCAAUAGCCUUAAUGAUUUAGAUUGUGCCCCUUUGCAUAUCUGUGCUAUUGUUGGAUUUGCAUGGAUAGGUAAGGGGCUAGUAAUGCGAGGCCACGAAAAGGUAAAAGACAUUGCUAUGGCUUUCUUAGGUUAUUUGGAUCAGAAUAUCAAUGCCGUGGACUUCUCACAGUUCCAUGGCCAUAGUGAAAUCUGCAAAGAACAAGAAUGGAGUACUGCAAGAUUUGCUUCAGAUACGUUUCAUAUUCUCAUGAGUGAUUCUGGACCUUGUUUAAAUAGGAGAUAUCAUGCUGUGAUAAGGCCACUUUACAAGCAACGGUUUUUCAGCACUAUGAUGCCAAUCCUUUCAUCUCUUAUGAUGGAAUCUGAUACAUUAUCUUCAAGAUCUAUGCUCUCUCGAUCAUUUGCUCACCUAGUAUCAGAGGCUCCUUUGUCUGCUAUAAUUGGUGAAGCCAAAAAGAUCAUCCCUUUGCUUGUAAAUAGCUUGUCCAUGUUGACUGGAGAUAUUCUGAACAAAGACGUCGUCUACAGUAUGCUACUUGUCCUGUCUGGAAUUCUGAUAGAGAAAAAUGGACAAGAAGCUGUUGAAGAAAAUGCACACGUCAUAAUCAACCAGCUAAUUCAGCUUGCUGUCUUUCCUCACAUGAUGGUAAUCCGGGGGACAGCAAUUCAAUGCAUUUCUGCUAUGUCAAGACUGCCCCAUGCGCGGAUUUAUCCAUUGAGAACCAAGGUUUUACAAGCUUUAUCAAAAUCCCUUGACGAUCCAAAGAGAGCUGUUCGACAAGAAGCAGUUAGAUGCCGCCAGGCUUGGACCUCUUUUUGCCGCGUUCCUUGCUGCCCUUAUCUGUUGAACAAACCAGAGCCAACUGAUUUGUGCAUCUCAAAUGGAAAGUCAAUGUCUAGGUUGCAGAAUAUAUCUUGUUUUCCAGCUCUCGGAGCAGAAGCUGUCUCAUUGUGA